AUGCCCGGCUAUCUCAAGUUUUUGAAGGAGAUUAUGUCCAAGAAGAAGAAGUUGGUUGAUUAUGAAACUGUGAGCUUGACCGAGAAUUGUAGUGUAGUCAUCCAACAAAAGAUGCCGGCAAAGAUGAAGGAUCCGGGGAGCUUCAAUAUUUCUUGUGUGAUCGGGAAUGAUAGGCAAACCAAGGCCUUAUGUGAUUUGGGGGCAAGCAUAAAUCUCAUGCCCCUAAGUUUCUUCCGGAAAUUGAAAUUUGGUGUCUUGAAGCCGACCACCAUCACCCUUCAAAUGGCGGAUAAAUCCAUCAAGUUCCCUAAUGGAGUCCUCGAGAAUGUCUUAGUGAGGGUGAAUGAUUUUAUCUUCCCCGUGGACUUUGUUGUCUUGGAUAUGAAGGAAGAUCCAAAUGUCCCUCUCAUCCUUGGAAGACCCUUCCUUGCAACCGGGAAAGCACUAAUUGAUGUCACUAAGGGAGAACUCACCCUUAAGCAUGGAAACAAGACGGCCAUCCUCUCUAUGUUGGACAAGAUGAAACGACAUGAAAUGGAAGAAUCCAAGAGAGUGGAAGAGGUGCCCUUGAAAGUUGAAGAUUGCAAGAUGAUACAAGUGACACAUGAGAAAGCUAAGGAUGAUGAGGUUGAGAAACUUUUGGAGGGGAUAUCUAUCCCCAAAUGGUUGUUUACACUUGAGAAUGAACAAGGUGUGGGGGAGAAAAAGAAGAAGGUGGCCAAAUUGGCAAAUGGAGGAUCUAAAAGAAGUGUUGUUGGGAAAGAUGCGAAGCCCAAUUGGUGGAAGAAGCGGCUAUACAAGCUCUAUUUGACCGCUAAAGCAAAGACGGCCCCCGAUGAUAUUAUCCGAGUGAGAUUGGAAAAUAAGUGCUAA